GGGAUGUAGCCCAUUGCCAGGCGAGCUGGAAGGUGGGAAGCCAGAGGACCGGCUCCGAGGAAGGUUAUAAAAGGCAGGAGCAGGUCGCCGAGCAAAGGGGAGGGUGAAAGGUACCUGCCCACCUCCGUGCAGCCCCGCCAGGACCCGGACACGCUCCUUUGCACAAAGCCCAGAGGAUUUUAUCCCCGACGGCAGAAGGAGCGCAGCGGGAGUGGGGAGCGCUGCCAGCCAUGCCCCGGCGAGCUGGGCGCAGUGGGAGUUAAGGAUGGUGCCCAGCCUACGUCCUGCCCUCCUCCUCCUCCUCCUGCAGGCAUUUCUCCUCUGGGAUAGCCCAGUUGCAGCCUCCAUCCAAGAGCAGUACUGCGAGAGCCUGCCGCCUGUCACGAACCACACAGGUCCCCAGUGCAACGCCUCGGUAGACCUGAUCGGCACGUGUUGGCCCCGGAGCGCAGUGGGACAGCUGGUUGCUCGACCCUGCCCUGAAUAUUUCUACGGCGUGCGGUACAACACCACGAAUAAUGGCUACAGGGAAUGCCUCGCUAACGGGAGCUGGGCAGCACGGGUCAACUAUUCCCAGUGCCAGGAGAUCCUCAGCGAAGAGAAAAAGAGCAAGCUGCACUACCACAUUGCUGUCAUCAUCAACUACCUGGGGCACUGUGUCUCACUGGGGGCCCUCCUCGUGGCCUUCGUCCUCUUCAUGCGUCUGCGGAGCAUCCGGUGCCUGAGGAACAUCAUCCACUGGAACCUGAUCACAGCCUUCAUCCUACGCAAUGCCACAUGGUUUGUGGUGCAGCUCACGAUGAACCCAGAAGUGCACGAGAGCAAUGUGGUCUGGUGCCGCUUGGUCACUGCCGCCUAUAAUUACUUCCACGUCACCAACUUUUUCUGGAUGUUUGGUGAGGGCUGCUACUUGCACACAGCUAUCGUGCUCACCUACUCCACGGACAAGCUCCGCAAGUGGAUGUUCAUCUGCAUUGGCUGGUGUAUUCCCUUUCCCAUCAUCGUCGCCUGGGCCAUCGGGAAGCUGUACUACGACAAUGAGAAGUGCUGGUUUGGGAAGCGAGCGGGAGUUUAUACUGAUUACAUUUACCAAGGUCCUAUGAUCCUGGUGCUUCUGAUCAACUUCAUCUUUCUGUUCAACAUCGUCCGAAUCCUCAUGACGAAGCUCCGAGCUUCGACCACAUCGGAGACAAUCCAGUACAGAAAAGCAGUGAAGGCCACACUGGUGCUGCUGCCCUUGCUGGGAAUCACCUAUAUGCUGUUCUUUGUCAACCCGGGGGAGGAUGAGAUCUCCAGGAUCGUCUUCAUCUACUUCAAUUCCUUUCUGGAGUCCUUCCAGGGCUUCUUCGUCUCUGUCUUCUACUGCUUCCUGAACAGCGAGGUCCGAUCGGCCGUGCGGAAGCGGUGGCACCGAUGGCAGGACAAGCACUCCAUCCGCGCCCGUGUGGCUCGGGCCAUGUCCAUCCCCACCUCCCCAACCCGCGUUAGCUUCCACAGCAUCAAGCAGUCCACAGCUGUCUGAGCCGGGAGUGAGCUGCCAUAUGGGAUGGGGGAGCCAGCAUCCCCACUGCGUGGGACCCCUGACAUGUUACAGCACAGGAGCCAGGUCCUGCCCGCACCCACCAGUCUCACAGAGGAUGCACAAACUUGCCGCAUCUAUGGGAAACCCUACAGAAGCUCCUGUCCCACUUACUGGGGCAGAUCUGUAGGACAGGACAGCUGAGAUGCUGCUUUGUCAUCUCCCUGGCAGCGGCAUGACCUGCUGGGGUGGCAGAAGGAGCCAGAGGAGCCCGGAGAGGUUGCAGCAGCCUCCCUGCCCGCCUCUAUCCUGGGCACGAUGCCCCAUGUCCCAUCGCUGCCUCUCUCAAGUUUGUCACUGCUUUGAGGUGGCAGGACACCAGGACAUUGCUGGGAUGGCUUAUGGGGCUAAUCCCUUGGGAAGCAGGGUCAGCCUUCCAGUGAGUGCAUGCUGGGAUGCUGCUGGGGGGGGAGCAAAACCCUCUGGGGAGGCCAAAGCCCUCUGGGUUGAUGGGGGAUGGAUUGAGAGCCCUGGACUGAUUGCAGACAUUGCUUUAUGUGGCUGUGGUUUUGUACCACUGGGGUUAUUGGAGCCCUUCCCUGCCCCUCGUCAGGUCGCCAGGAGGUCCUGUAACUGCUGCUUGGUCCAACUGGUCAUUUCUUAUCUUGACACUGAGGAUGUGAGGCAGAACAAUGGGGUGGGAGAGGGGAGGGAACCAUGCAGGGGAUGAGGAGGGGUCCCAGGGGCUCUGAACAGCCACAUGGAGGGGGCUUGGCCUGAAGGGAGGCAUGAGGUUUAGUUAAUCCUGUGGCCUGGCCCAGCCCAGAUGGGUCUACAGGUCUUUGCAAAGCCCCUGGAGCUCAGGCUGGCUCCGUGCCCCUGCUCGGGGAUGGAAAGGCAAGGGAGAGCUGCAGCAAAGCAGUGGCUCAGCUCUCUAAAGGCAGCUACCGUGGGGACACGCUGUGGCUUUGCUUCCCCUCCUCCCUGCCCUGCUUUUAUCCAUGCAGAUGGGCUUGGUGCCAAAGCUGCUCCUUGCUCUUACGCAGGGGAUGGGGCCAAAUCAUUCCCAUGCUGGGUUAAGUGCCUUGGAGGAGUGGCAGCCUCCCUCCCCAUGCUGGGGACCACAGACCGUCUACCGUGCAGCUCCCAGGUCCUGCCAAGUCGCCAAUCCACUCCUGAUGUCCUGUUUCAUGUGGUCACCAAAAGCAGCUGAGCAGAGAGCUCUCUGCAAGGCAGAGGGUUUUGCCCUGACCUCCUUGGAGCCAUGUUUUCCCCACCCCAUAUGAGAUCUGGGGAUGCUUGGACAGAGGGAGGAUGCCAGAGGGGCUACAGGCCAAAUCUGCUCUCUGCAUCCCAGGGAUUUUGCCACCAGGGCCCUGCACUGGGUCUAGUAUGAGUCCCUUCACACUUCCAUGCCUCAGUUUCCCCACAAUAGACAACAAGCAUAGGUAUUUCCCACCCUGGGGAAAUUUAAGCAUCUUUGUAGUCCUCUGUGAUUUCCUCAGGGUACACCACCAGAAAGGAAUAAAGUCUUUCUUUUUUUACUUUAAAGCUAGGCAUAGGCUAAAACCUCCAGGUGCUUUCUUUAAACAUUCAAGAAGUUAAAUAAUUUGAAGCAAAUUCCUCCCAUUUCCCUCCCACUGAGAUUUCCUACCUGCAUGUCCACUGUGCAGCUAAAACCAGAAUUACCCCAUUGCCUCCAAUAACGUGCUGGGAGCAGCGACAGCUCCCAAUAUGAUGGAGUGACCACAACGAGGACCAUGCCCUGCACAUGGGGCAGAUUUUGGUCCUUGUACAAGCUCGUCCUUCACCAACAGCCCCAGAAACUGCUGCUUAUCCAAUACAUGGGUAAGAGAAAGACCCCCAGAGUUUAUACAAUGGGAAAACUGGCAGCUCCCAGCUUUAUGGCUGCUUUCGGAAGGGGCUGAUGCCCUGCAAGGAGUAGACUUGCUCUGUCCCGACCCUUGGACAGUUUGAUUUCUCUGUCAGCUGCUUUGGCAGGAGCUAAUAAAGAUCUGGCAGCUACAGACAAGGGGAAAUACCCCAGGGAGCUUUUUCGUUGUACAUACAAGUAAUGUUACCAAAAAGUGAUGCGCUACAUGUUCAAUUUGGAUUUUCUAAAGUGGGGUCAUUUUUGGUGGAAAAGAAGAUGGAAAUUGAGAAAACCAAAGAAAGAAACCCAAAUAGAAGCAUCUGUGUUUGCAUCACUGUUUUUUCCUUCUCCUCUUGGUGGUCUACUCCAACUGACAUGACUUUGCUUUCCGUAGCUGGAGAGGUGUGUGUAUUCUUGGCCUUGUUUGAUUAAAAUGACUUCGAUUCGUC